AUGUCUCAUGCUUUGGAGAAGCCGGUCGGCCUCGCCUCUGUGGAGCCUCUCGAUGGCAUUGAAGCUUCAAGUCCAGAUGAUCUCAAUGCCUCUGAGUAUGCUUCCAUCCCUGCUUACAGCCUUGGAGCAGAGAAGAAGGGCGCCCUGGAUCCGGACAUAACCGCGAUCUUAACACCAGACGCUGCAAGCGACAAUCCCAAGGAUACCGACAACCCAGACCAUAUCAUCGUUACUGGAGCCGAUGCAGCUGCCCAUCUGUUGCCUCUUCGUGACGAUGGCGACCCUUCCAUGACCUUUCGCGGUAUAUUCCUGGCAUCCUGUCUAUCUGCAUUCCAAGCAGUGAUGAACCAGAUCUAUACAUUCAAACCCACACAAGUCACUAUCCAGGGCACUUUUAUCGUACUUAUCGCAUACUUCGUUGGCAAUGCUUGGGCGAGACUUCUUCCCCGAGGUGAUCGUCACCUCACGCGCUGGAAGUCGACCAACGGUGAUACAAAGCCACCAUUCUGGAUCACGUUCCUUGUGUUUUUUAAUCCUGGACCCUGGGGCCUGAAGGAACAUGCAAUCUGCUCAAUCACUGCUACAUCGGCAUCAAAUGCUGCUGCUGUUUCGACCGUCUUUGCAGCUCAGAAGCUGUUUUACGACCUCCCCAUCAGUCCAGCGACCGUGAUCCUCAGUAUGAUUUCCAUCGGCCUUUUUGGCUAUGGUCUUUGUGGAUUGUUGCGACCUAUUGCUGUGUGGCACGUCGAGGCCGUGUACUGGAGUACGCUACCAACAGUCAAGACUCUCCAGGGACUGCACUGGCAAGAAGUCAGAGACUCGAAGCCUCUUCGAUUCUUCUGGUAUGCUUUUACCGGCAUGUUCUUCUACGAGUUCUUUCCCGCAUACAUCUUUCCGUGGUUGAACUCAGUUUCCGUUCCUUGCUUGGCUGCAAUGAAGGCUACCGGAGAGAAAGCUGCCGUGUUAACAAACCUGUUUGGUGGAGCGACGAAUAACGAAGGCCUCGGCAUGUUCACUCUCUCUUUCGACUGGCAAUACAUCACCUCUUUCAACACCUCGCUUCCCUUGAUCCUUCAGGCUCACGUAGCCAUCGGCGUGUUCGUCUGCAUGAUGGUCAUGCUUGCUAUCUACUACACAGACACUUGGGGCUCGAAAGCACAGCCAUUCAUGUCGACACAACUCAGAUCCCAGGACGGCAAGAAGUAUCCAAUCUCGAAAGUGUUCUUGGGCGGAGUUUUGGACGAGGAGGCCUUGGAGAAGUAUGGCAUCCCUCGCCUGACUGGAGCAUUUGCAUAUUCCAUGUUCAUGGCGAACGCCGCUAUCGGUGCACUCAUCGCUCACACUGUCCUUUUUUGGGGUGGCGACAUCAAACGUACUUACAAAAGCGCCAGGGAAGGAAGAUAUGAUGACAGACACCAUCAGCAUAUGGUGAAGCACUACAAAGAAGUCCCUUGGUGGUGGUACAUGGGUGUGCUCGUCUUCAGCUUCGUCCUUGGUCUUGUUGUUGUGAUUAAAGAGAACAUCACCCUCCCGGUGUGGGCUUAUGUUGUCGCUCUGAUUGUUGGUAUCGUCGUUGCACCUUUCAGCGCUUUGAUCUAUUCCCGAUUCGGUAAUGGUAUUGCUACCAAUAAUCUGUCCAAGAUGAUUGCUGGUCUGGUGCUUCCAGGUCGUCCGAUUGGCAAUAUGUACUUUGCCGCCUGGUCGCACAACGUCAUCACAAACACCGUCAAUCUGUGUAAUGACCUGAAGAUGGGAGAAUAUCUCAAGAUUCCUCCAAGAACUAUGUUCAUCACCCAGAUCUAUGGCACUAUCCUCGGCGGCUUCCUUAACUAUGCCAUCAUGAUCUCUAUUGUGACCAGUAAUGCAGAGCUUCUCACCUCUGGAAAUGGUGAUGCGUCAUGGAGUGGUGCAACCAUUCAGUCUUACAACACUAAUGCCAGCUCUUGGGCGUUGGCCAAGUAUCUAUACAAAGCAGGCGGCACAUACUCUGCCGUUCCCAUAGGUGUUGCUGUCGGUGCUUUGAUCGUCGUCGUACACCGCAUCUUCGUCCAGUUCUUCCCCAAAAUCCGCAACUUCUCCACUUACGACAUCAACAUGCCUCAGUUCAUCGCUUACGCCGGCUACAUCCCCUACAAUCAGUCCCAGACCUGCGUCAUCCUGAGUCAGCUUGUCGCUGGCUUCUACGUCCAGUUCUACUUGCGCAACUACAAGCCUCGUAUUUUCAAAGACUACUCGUACUUGGUCACUGGAGCUUUUGACGGUGCUAGUUUGCUGGCGCUUUUCAUCUUGUCCUUCGCAGUGUUCGGCGCUGCCGGCAGCUCGAAGCCUUUUCCUUCUUGGUGGGGCAAUAAUGUCAAUGGCAACUAUGACCUUUGCCCUGUACCUGAGUAG